AAUAAUGGCGGCAUCCUGUUCGGAAGUGGCGAAUACAAAUGUGCUAGAUGAGAACAACUCUAACUCUCAAAUAAACAAUUCUCAAAUUGAAAGUAAUAUAGAAAAUGGAGAGGAAGAGUUUGAGAGUAAGUUAACGAAACAGCACGAAAAGAAAAAGAAGAACAGUGAACCUGGGAUAAUUUAUUUAAGUUACAUCCCACCUUUCAUGACAGUCAAAAUAAUUCACGAAUAUUUUUUCCAGUAUGGUGACGUUGGAAGAGUAUUCUUACAACCAGACACUAAGAAGAAGAAGAAGCAAGGUAAACCCAGCAAGUUCUUCACUGAAGGCUGGGUAGAAUUUCUUGAUAAAAAAGUUGCCAAAAGAAUUGCUGUUAUGUUGAAUGGUCAGCAAGUUGGCGGCAGGAGAAAAACACCAUUUUAUGAUUCGUUAUGGAGUAUCAAAUAUCUUCACAGGUUUAAGUGGGCCCAUCUCAAUGAACGACUAGCAUACGAAAAAGCAGUACGAGACCAACGAAUGAGGACAGAGAUCUCUCAGGUAAAGCGAGAGGCUAAUUUUUACAUGCAAUCAGUAGACAGAAGCUUAAAACUAGCAAGGAAGAGAAAAAAAGGAGAUGUAGAGAAACAUGAUGACACCGGUCCUGGUCAGGUGUGGGUUAAACAGAAACGUACAGAUGAGGAGAUGAAAGAACUUCAGAAGCAAAGGAAGAAACAGAAAAACUCUGAAGUCGGUGAAGAUAGUGAUAAGACGCUACUGAAGAACAUAUUUUCUGGUGGAUUCUAGCAAGACAUGGCAUAGAUCCAAUAUAUAAUAAAGCAUCCUCCUUGACUGGAGAGAGUACACGACGACGUUGCUUCAAAAGGUGACCAAACAGCUGAGGGAAAACUGAGAAGAAACAGACAACUUGUUAACUUGUUGCUAAAUUUUUCAUUGCUGUAAAAAUUUUGCAUUAAAAAAAGAUUCAUUAUUAU